AAUUUAGGGCCAGUAGUCCUUAAGAGAUUUUGCUUAAAGGGACUUGGACACGAUUUUUGCAAAUUUUCAAGUUUUCUUUCUGAUGCCUAAAAUAGUUUAAACUAAUCUAAAUGAAAUAGUAAAACAAAAAAUUUAAGUCAAAUUCAAUGCCGUAAGGAUGUACACCGAGCCUGAAAAGUUCGUAAUGUAAACAAGACUCGAGUCUUAUAGCUUGUUUACAUUUCGAUGACGAAUACAUCACGUGACUAAACAAUCAUGGCGCCGAAGCUAACACCUUCGACGAAGAAAAAAAGAAAACUCGAAAGAAUGCGACGGUAUCAUAGCCAAAAUGUUAACAUCGGAGAUGUAGUACAACAGUGGAAUGAUAUUAAGAGGGAAUUGAAGAUCGUCAGCGAUAGGACUUUUGCAGAUUUCCUUAUACAAGCAUACAAACGAACCAUUCCACCCACAACCUCUGGAGAAGUUGUGUUUGCAUCCCCUACUCAUACUGGCCCAAGCACAUCGACCCCCAUACGCCUUACUUCAAAGGGUCGAUCAGCCUUGAACAUUUCUCUUUCCACGGUUACAACAAGUACGGCCACAGAGGAAAGCACGGAGACUGCCACGGAGGGAGAGAGAGAAGAGCUGAUGGGCGUUUCUGUGCUCAGGGGAGGAACAAGUCAUGUAUCAUCAAGUGAGGUUGACAGAGAGAGCCCAAGUCCAAAGAAAAGAAAACUCCUAAAUGAGGGCUUGUCAGAGAAACAUGAACGUCCAAGACGCAGUCUACCCUUCAUACAAAUUGCCUAUGAUUUAUCAGAGCUGGGUGUACGAGAUGAUGAUGAUCCCACCUUUGAGCCAUCCCAGUUGGAGUUUUCAUUUGUAGACGAUGAAGGUACAAUAGCCGCUGAAGAAGAGAUUAUAGACUUGGCUGAGGAAGUGCACGACCUGGAGGACAGUGGGAACGACUUCGAGGAAUGUUUACCCUCAGAUUCAAAGGGAGGAAGAGCCAUUCCCCAGAAAGAAGAGGUCACAUUGGAAGAUGUUAACGAGAUAAAGUACCUGAUAUUUCAAUCGUGUUUGGCGUUACUCCUUCAAAAAUUACAUUUCAAAUUCCAUGUCAAGAGCUGCAAGGAAGAUGUCACCUACAGUAUGACUGAAAAUGGCUCUGCAGUAGCUGUUACUUGGAGAUGUGCUGCAGGUCACAAUGUAUACUAUUGGACCUCUCAGCCCCAACUACCCAAUGGAAUAUUCCUGGGAAACUUCCAAGCAUUGUCAGCAGUAACAGUGUCAGGAAAUAAUUUCACAAAGAUUGCUCUAUUUGCAAAGUUCCUGUCGUUAGGUUUCCCAACAACAAGAACUCACUCUCGAAUACAGACCAAAUAUGUGGCACCUGUUGUUGAGAAGUAUUGGGAUAAUCUCAAAUCUUCUGUUGUGGAGGAGCACAGGUCAGCAAAGGUGGUAGUGUCAGGAGAUGGUCGCAUGGACUCUCCAGGCCAUUCAGCGAAAUACUGCACAUACACAGUUAUGAACCAGGCAGACAAGAAAAUACUUGCCAUGGAGAUAAUUGACAAAAGAGAGUGCCAGUUGAAGUCGGGUAUCAUGGAAGCCGAAGGAUUCAAAAGAUCAAUUGCAUCUCUUCAAGCUCAUGGUGUUGAUGUACAAGAAAUUGUUACAGAUGCACACCCACAAAUAUCAUCCAUCAUGAAGAAGAAUUUUCCUAACAUCCGGCAUAGUUAUGAUAUGUGGCAUGGUGCAAAAAACCUUGGAAAGAAACUGGCUGCUGUAGCUUGCAGUAAAGGAAAUGAAAUUCUGAAGCCAUGGUUGAGUGAUAUAACAAAUCACUUCUUCUACUGUGCAGACACUUGUGAUGGAAAUGUUGAAAUUAUGCAGGCUAAAUGGGUGUCUGUGUUGAAUCACAUUGUCAACAAACAUUCUUGGGCUUUGGGGCAAUGUGACCAUGACCCGAUCCAAGAAGAGGAGAGAGACAAAGACUGGCUUUCUCCAAAAAGUCGUACCUAUGACGAUCUUCAGAGAUCAGUAUUGGAACCAAGAUUGUUGAAAUCCUUUCAUUACUACACUACCUGCCAAACAACUUCAGAGCUUGCAUCUUUCAAUAAUCACAUACUGAUGUAUGCGCCAAAGAGGUCAGCAUUUAGUUAUGAAUCUUACAAAUGUAGAUGCUAUUUGGCAGCAAUUGACUACACCGUGCAUUUGGAACGAGAUCCUGUCAGGGACAAAAAUGGAAACAAAGUACACAAGAGAAAAUUUUCCAAAGGUUCCAACAACUGGACAUCAGCUGAAGUCAAGGUACCAAAGACAUACUCUUACAUACCAAAGUUGAUGAUGGCCAUAGUGAAUGAAUAUUGUGGUGGAUACCAACUUAACCCUCUAGGGGCACCAACAGUAUUGUCAGAAAAAGACCCUAGAAAUAUUGCGUCAACUAUUGCUCCCAAAGAGCCACCACCAACUUCAGUGCUUGUGCAAAGUUUGAAACAUCGGAUAAAGAAGAAAGACACAAAUUAA